AUGUCUUUACAGAUGUCGUUUUUAUUAACUGGUCUUGUUCAGUAUGGUGAUGAAACAGAGCUGGUCGAUGUUUACGUUGGUUCCAGCUUAGCUGAUGUACAUGCUCAAUUAGUAGCUCCCUUUGGUCUUGAUCCCAAUGAAUGUACUAUACAAGUUUUCGAAUCAAAAAUAUUCAACGAAUAUAUUAAUCUUUCAAAGAUUUCUUUAAUAACAAAUAUGGAUUCUGGUCGUUUUCGGAUUAUGCUAAAAAAGGUUGAUUUACUAAGAACACAAAAUACACCAACUCGUUCUCAUACAUCUCAAAUACUUUCUAAUCGUGAAAAUGCAUCACCACUUCAUUUAAAUCAUUCACAAACUUCAUCAAGUCAUCUCGAUUCAUUGCAGGAUAACUUGUCCGUCUCAUAUAAAGAUCAUUUAGAUCAAAUGAGCUUUGACGAUGAAAAUGAUAGUCCACAAAUGCAAUCGUUCGAUUCGGUCGAAUCACCUACUAUAUGCCAACGAGAGAGUAAAGGAAAACGUGAUUUGGAUAAAUUACGUGAUCUACCACCUUUAAUUUCAUCUAAUAUGUUGCCAUCGUUUCCAAUUCGAAUUAAAUCUGCAAUUUCUACAGGUUUGUUGAAUUCUGUAAUUCAAGAAGUAGUCAAUAUCAUGGCACAUCAUUUGGUCAAAUUCAAUGUUUCUUCAAAAACACAUUAUGCUCAAAUUCGUAUUGCAUUUGUUAAAGAAAACUCAAUGAAUGAAUUCAGAGAUAAUCGAGAUCUUGAUCUUCUUAUGCAAAAACUAUCUCGUCGAAUACGUGAUUUGAGAAGUCACACAAAGAAGGAAACAUAUCGUAGCAGACCACUUCUCGAUUGGGAUAGUAGUCGUUUUUCAGAUUGUGUAAGUCAGGCAGAUCCAUCAACUACCAAUGAAAUCGGGAUUGCUGAUUCAACUCAACUGAAGGAAUUUAUUAAAACAUUAAAUGAUGCGUUCAAUAACAAUGAAAUGAUGAAAGGUACAACAACUCAAAUAAUUGUUGAAUCGUUUCGUCUUCGUCGUAGUUAUUUACAACUUGGUCAAACUGUGGAACAGAUUUUAAAUGAAAUGCGUUUUACACAACAUAUCAUCUUUAUAAAAUUGGAAUUCGAACUUGUUACCAAAAUAUCAUUAUUGGUAGCUACUCAACGAAUUAGAAAAUUUCUCGAUAAUAUUAUUUCAUAUGAAAUGUAUGGUCAAUUACCAGAAGAACGUUUUCCUGAUGAAGUCGGUACGAUCGAUCUCAUUCCAUUACUCAAGAAUGACAAUUUAUAUCCAUUACUUUAUUCUUGCAGUCACCACAAUCAAGCCUAUUUUUAUUUAACAUAUGCUAAACAAAUAUUAAUGGAUUUCGAUACUGAAACUAACGUGGCGUAUGCUUUAGCCAUCUUAUUGGCUACUUAUUAUGUAUUUGAUAUAAAAUAUCCACGACACAACAAGCCGAUCCUCGAAGUACUUGAUUAUAUCGCACUUCAAGAUAGUGUUACCGAUACGAGGAUGAAAACUUCACUUUUAAAAAAGCUAACCAUAUCAGCUCAGAGUGUUAUAACUGAGUAUGAGAAAAAAUUGUUGACUUAG